AUGUUGCAACUUAGCACCAAUGCGCAUUUUCAUUUUGAGCUUCUCCGGGUUCUUGCAACAACCAGAUCUUAUGGAGCAGAUAUAGCAGAAGUUCUCCGAGUCUGCCAGCGCAUCAAGCCUGGAGAUUUCGAGAGCUGGUACGAGGAGUUUCGACGACUCGCCGAAUGGGUAGAAUCGACGGUCAACGCCAAGGGCGAACACGACAAAGUUACGCUCAGGGACGCCUACUUUCGGAUAUCCAGAUAUUACUUUGCCUCUUCUUUCUUUCUUGACGGUAAUCAAUCAGACGCUCGAUUGGUCGAAAGCUACAAUCUAUGGAAAUCUUAUUUUGACAAGGCGACAAGUCUGCUCGCCAUCCCUGCCGAGCGCCACAUUCUGGAUGCUGGAGACUUUCAAAUACCUGUGAUCCUUCUGCGCGCAUCUCUAGACAACCGAGCUCGCUCGUGUCUAAUCAUGGGAAGUGGUCUGGAUGGAUCAGCUGAGGAAAUGCUCCAUUUCCAUGGCUUUGCAGCUCUUGAACGUGGACACCAUGUCAUUCUGUAUGAAGGGCCAGGACAAACCAGUGUCCGUCGUGACCAGGGUCUGGGCUUUAUCCAUGAUUGGGAGAGAGUCGUCACUCCAAUAGUUGACUGGCUUCAAAAUGUCCCGUUCGUCGAUUCAAGUAAAUGUGGCCUCUUUGGCGUUUCACUCGGGGGUUAUUUGGCUGCGCGAGCCGCCGCGUUUGAGCACCGGCUUGCUGCCGUCAUUCUCAACGAUGCUAUCUAUGACUUUUCUGAUGUAUUGGAACAGAUGCUUGGCGAGUCUACCAUGCGAUUCGAAGCCGCCGGUGACAUGGACAACUUUUAUGCUGCAGUCGAGCAGCAAUGCCAGUCAAACACUAAGCUGAGAUGGCUAGCUCAUCAAUUGAGAUACGCUUUUGCGAAGGAGACAAUUCAUGAAGCUCUCCGGGAAACCAGGAAAAUGACGGUUUCAGGCAUUUUGAACAGUGUUCAAUGUCCAGUUUUCGUCGGAGACGCAGAACACGAUCUCUUUGUAAGAUCUGAGCAGCCUCCUUUGGUGGCGCAAGGUUUAGGCAAAUGGGCUACCUACAAAAAGUUCACCAAGGCAGAAGCAGCAGAGGCGCAUUGUCACCUGGGUGCCACCGUCUUUGCAAAUCAAGUCAUGUUAGAAUGGUUUGGGAAUCAGGUGGGAGCGGUCGAAUCGCAGGGCACAUCUCUCAAAUGA